UGCCAGAGCUGCUGCAAAAAAGGGGUCGAAUACCUUCAUCCGAAAAGAAGCUUCUGAAAUAUAACAACCAUCAACGCCUAUCUAUCUUGUUUAGAAGAAAACAAGUUGUGUGUUUUCUGUGAAGUCGACAGGAAUAAAACUAACUUUGAACGAUGUCGGAUACCAAAUUGCACGACUUUUGCAAAGGGUUUGGUGCUCUUUUGAGCCGCAGCAAGGUGAGGAUCGCUAUUUAGAACGCCAAUUUUAAUCUCCUCACAGGCUUGUCACAGAACUCUCACCUUAUAUCGUUUUGCCUCAUUUUCGCGUUGUAGCAACCCUCGUUUCCCGAAGAGGCUGCUCGUUUGAAUGACCGUGGUAAUCUCCCACUGCAUGCUGCCUGUAGUUUCCAGGCCACGGCCGAUGUUGUUGAAGUCUUGUUGCGUGCAUAUCCCGGGGGUGCAUCUCAGCCCAAUGGUGUUGGAAAUCUUCCCAUACACCAGGCAGCUAUGUGGCAAGCACCUGUAGAAACCGUUGAGGUUUUGUUAGUUCGUCACCCCGAAGGUGCCACUGUACGCAACCAAUACGGAUCGUUACCGCUGCACAUGGCAGCCUCCAAUCGUGCUUCCACCGAAGUCGUCAAAGUCUUGAUCGAUGCCUAUCCGGAUGCAUUGCACUUGCAGAAUGACGACGGCAUGACUCCCUUGGACUUGGCCAUGGCGGAUGAAGCCAUGGUCAAUGACCAAGUUGUGGCUAUGUUGGAAGGUCGUCCCCUGCCCCCGGAAAUGACUCGCCGACAAAAGACUGACAAAUUCAACGAGCAGGCUGACAUGUUGGAGCGAAAGAUGGCAAGUUUGCGCAACAGCGGAGCCAACGCUUUGAGUCCCGGAGGCGGCGGCUCUCGUUCAAAUAGCCAUUCCGUGAAGUUGGCGCUCGCCGCUGUGCGAAAACUCGCAGAUCGAUUCCCCCAUGCCCUCUACUCGGCUGGUAUGGACCCGAAUGAACUCGAGAUUGCCUUCUCCGAUCAAUUGGACAACAAAGAUUCCAAGAACGGCGGAGCUCUGGAUGCCGAAACGAUUUUGUUGGAGGCGGUGAGGAAGCGAAGCAGACCGCACAGAGACGCCCGAGGCAUGACUGUUGGACAUUCUGGACCAAGAGACAGAGUCGAAGAGCUUUUGUCCUCGAUUAUUGGAUUGGAUCACAUAAAGAGUCAGGUAAGGCAAUGAUGUACUGAAAACGAGAAUUGCUUGUUUAAGUGGAUAGCCUCUAACAGUGAAUUUGUUCAAUCCACGCCAUAACGUGUCGUGCAGCUCCGUGGAUUGCGUCGCACGGCCGAAAUUUGCGAUUUGAAGGAAUCGCUCAUUCCGCCUGGUGGAGCACGCGGACGAAGCCAUCCUCUCAACAUGAUCCCCCCAGCAUUGGCAGAGGAUACCGGGCGCCCUAGAGCUGACCACAUGGUCUUCAUGGGAAAUCCCGGAAGUGGAAAGACCGCUGUGGCCCGUUUGCUGGCCAAGGCUUACCACGAAUUGGGUAUCUUGCGCAAGCCCAAAUUUCUGGAGGUGGAACGAAUGGAUCUCGUAGGAAGAGACAAAACGACUACGGUCAUGAAAACAAAGGAAGUUAUCGACGAGGCACGUGGUGGAAUUUUGUUCAUUGACGAAGCUUAUAACUUGGGCAUUGCCUCAAGACGCAAUAAAUCAGACACGGGAGUGGACUCUAUAAAUGAAAUUAUUCGCUCGAUUGAAGAAUCGUCGAAGAAGCGCGGUGAUGACAAUUUCCCGCUCAUAAUUUUGGCUGGAUUCCCUGUAGAGAUGAAUACAUUCAUGGUUUUCCAGGGAGAACUUCGCAAGAAAUUCCCAAUUACCUUCGAAUUCCCUGAUUACUCAUGUGUAGAAUUGGCUCAAAUCUUCAUGGACCUAGCCAAUGCCAAAGGUUUUGACUUAGCAGAUGACUUAAAAGCAAGUACUAUUGCAAGACUUUUGGAAGAAGAAACGUCCGUGCAAUGGCGCGGAGAACGAAAUGGUCGAAUUAGUGAGAUGCUUCUAACCGGAUGUCGGACGGAAGUUAGAAAACGAAUGAGAAUUGCCCAGAUGGAGGACGACGAAAAUUUUGAUCCUCAACUUAUCAUUCGGUCGGACGUCGAGACGGUGAUUCGAGCAGAUUUCCAGUAAAAACUAACAUCCUCAAAUUGCUACCGAGAGAAGAACUAUUAUGUGAAAUGUCUGUUGUGAGAAGUGAGAGGUCGCAGUUUCAAGAUUGAGAAACUCCAACUAAGUAAAAGUGUUUCAUUGUA